CUCAGGAUGGGAAUUGUACUUUGCUAAGUAUUAUAAAAUUGUCUUUUCAAAUAAUAGAUUCUAAUCAAGUGCAAACACCUGAGACUCUUUCAUAAAAUCUUCUUUAAGUUUGGUCCACGCAAGAAUAGGCCCCCUGCUUUUCCAGGCAUGUCAACGCCAUCUGAUUGCAGGUGUGCAAACCAUGAGGACGCCACAUUGUUUGGUACUCUUUUAUCUGCUUGUAGUGCUUGUAUUCCUUUAGAAUUAGAUAAAGGGCGGGUGGUUUUGCUACAAGUUUCUUUUGUUGUGUUUGUAGAAAUGAAAAUGUAUUAUUAAGGUAUCCGAUUUUAGUUGUUAAUAAAUUAAAACAAUUAUUGUAGGUUGUUUAUUUAUGUACUGAAAAUUACGUUAACUUAAUAAUCUCGUGAGAUAUAAAAUGUUUCAUUCAGUUUAAUUCGGUUAAAAGUAAUUCUAGUUAAAGCUAACCUUCAACAAGACUACAUUAAAUAUGUCUAAAAUACGAGAAAUAACAUGGCCAGAAGAAUUUAUUGAACUUAAGAGAAUUGAACAAUCUAUGAUCUGUGGAAUUUGUUAUGAAUAUAUGGAAACUACAGUAAUGACACCAUGCUCGCAUAACUACUGUUCAUUAUGUAUACGAAAGUAUUUACAUUACAAAUCGCAAUGUCCAGCUUGUUUUAAUGUUUUUUUUGAAAAAGACCUCUACAUAAAUCGUGAAAUGGACGUUCUUAUACAGCAUUAUAUUAAAGUCAGGGAAAAGUUGAUAAGUCUUAUUGAAAAUAGAGUAGUUUAUAAUACUAUAGUCCAAGAACAAGAUAAUAAAGAGGAAAGAUCAAUGACACCUCCUGUCAGGCCAUUCCGCAGCAACCAAUCACCAAAAUCUCCAAAAAUCCAAGAAAUUAAGGAGAACGAACCUAAAAUGUCUUGUUUUUCAUCUACGAAUAAUACUUUGAUAAAUAAUGCUUCUAGUCCAAAAAUACGUAAUUCUCUAAACUUCUUACCAAGUAUUGCAAAAAUUUUCAAUACUCCAAAAAGAAAAGAAACAGUUGCACAGCCUGAUUCUGUAGUUAUAAAAUCUGUAUUAUGCCCUGUCUGUAGUGUAGAUAUUUCUGAAAAUCGUGUAAAUGUACACUUGGAUGCCUGUCUCGAAAGGGAGGUUAAUCAAAAAGCUGCCAAAACAAAGGAAAAACAUAAGCGUCAACCAUUACCAAAACUUGUUCUUCGUGUAAUGAAAGAUGCAGAACUGCGCAAAAAAAUGAAAGAGUUUGGAUUACCAACAAAUGGUGACAGAAAAGCAUUAGAAAGUCGGUUUACAAGAUACUCAACUAUUUACAAUGCUGAAUGUGACAAACUAGAACCGAGACCUGUUAGUGAUCUCAUUCGACAAUGUGAGAUGGAAGAAAAACAAGAACGCAAGUUAGAUCACUUCUUAGUAUCAUCUACUUCAACAUCGACUUCUAAUUCCAUUGCUGCUAUUAGACUACAAUUUGCAAAAAAUUUGAGAGAAGAAAAAAUUGAAGAUGUACAAAAAACUUAUAGGUUAGCAAAUAAAAUGAGCUUUGAUAAACUUAUAGAAGAAGUGAAACAUCGCAGAAAAUUAGAAGAAGCCAAUAAAAGUGAUAAUGAUGCAACUGUAAUCAACAGUAAUUCCGUUUCGAUCAGUGAAAUAAAUAAAAAUGAAAAUGGUUCAGUAGCCAUAGAAAGUGGUUCUUUUAAUCCAUCAGGUGAAAUUCCAUUCAAUGCUUCGGAUUCAGAUGAAUCGUGUCCUUUACAACAUUACAAAAGUGACGACCCAAUGCCCUUUCUCCUUUCUAGUAUGUAUAAUGCUAAUCCUAUCGCAAGUACAUCUGGAAACCCUAUAAAAUUAUCUCACGAAAAUCUUUGCCACAUAAAUAGUCAUAUGAAACCAACAAAUAUGACUGAAGAUAUUUAUGAAGCGUCGACUGAUGUAUCUACAGAUGAUGAAAUUCAAAAUAGUCCAGUAAGAAAUCAAAAAUUGAAUCGAAAAAAAGUUAGACUGUCUCUUAUAUGUCCAAAACAAUUAUCAUCUGCAAAGUCAGAUAAUAUUGAAUCAGAAAUAAAUGACUCGUCAGAAAAAAGUACACGCGACGCUUCAGUUAGAGAUCUAUGCAAUUCUAACAUUAACUUUUCAUUUGAAGAAAUGAGUGAUGAAAGUUUUAGUGAAUUUUCAAACAAGCAAAAAAGCAAAGUGAAAGUAAUUGAAACUGAGCAGAUAAAAGAAAAUUCAUUAAAGAACAUUGGCAGAGUUUCUUCUAGAAAUAGAAAAGCCAAAGCUAAGAAAACAAAUAACCGUGUUGCACUAAGUGAUUUUUCAAAUAACACAACUGAUGAUUGGCACAAUGAUAAGAUGGAUGAUUUAAGUGCAAAGCUUGUAAAUACAACUACAAUAGAUGUAGAAAACAUUAAUGAACAGAAAAUUGGUGAAAACACAAAGACUGAAAAAGAAAACAAUGUGCUAAUAGAUGAUGAACAUUGUAAAUCUAUGAAUGAAACUGCAGUUUGUCGACCGGUUAGAAAAAGAAAUCGGCCAUCUCGUUACAAUCAAAGUCAAACGAGUAUGCAGGGUAUUGAUCAAUUAACUUUGAAUCUGUCGGUUGAAAAUUUACAAGAAAAUGAUUUGUCUGUAGAUUGUAAAAUCGUCGCAAUGCCAGAUGGCUCUUUAAAAAGACGUCGAGGUAGAUCAAAUAUAAAAUCUACAAAUCUUUCCAUGGACGAAUCGCUGAAGCCUCCUAAAAGACCUGUGCGUCGUCGCCAAAUUGUUGCGAGUCAUGACUCAUGAUUUCUUUUUAUGUAUAAAUAUUAGUCAGGCAGUGCCUAAUUUAUUUAUAUUUUUGACUUUUUUACUUGUAUUUUUAUAAACAAAUAAAUUUAUUGUA